AUGAAUUACUCAAAGUGUGAAGAGCUUCAAGAGAUAAUAGACAAAAAAUUUUGUGGUCUUCUUUAUGAUAAACAAAUACCUGCAGCUCUGGAUUUUAUAUUGAAAGUAUUGGAAUUUAUUGUUAUAAAAGAUAAAGAAAAAGGCAAAGAUUAUUACAAAUGGUCUAAUAUAGACUAUUGCGAAGCCAAAUAUUGUCAAAAUGAUGAUGAAUUGGAAAUAAUUAGAAAGAGAAGACUUCAGAGCCCAAAUACAGGAAAAAAAAACUAUAAAAAAGAAAUUAAUAAAUAUCAAGAUGAAAGUGUAAAAGAAAAACGAAAUAGAAAGAAAAAUGAAAUUACAGAAAAGAGUACUAUUAGGAAAUCUGAAAGUUUGAUGAUAGACCUAAUUAAGGACGAUUAUAAUAUAGAUAAACCAGAAAGAGAUAAAAUGGAAUUUGAAAAGGAGUAUGACUCUCAAAAAUUUGCUAAAAUUAAUAGUGAAAAAGACAAAAUCGAAUCUAAAAAAGAUAUACAUAAAGAUGAAAUAAUAAUCGAAAAGAAGUACCCUUGUAACAAUGAAAUCUCUGCAGAAUGGUUGAGCCUGAAUAAUCAUGAAAAUGUCAAAAAUAAGAUUCUAAUUAAUUACAGAAAUUCUGCUAAAAUGAAUUAUACCGAUAAGAUUGAAGUGGAAAAAGACAAUUAUAAAGCAUUUACUAAUUAUCAAAAGUUGCAGUCUCUAAUGCGAACUGUUGAUGAAGAAUUAGAAAAAACUUGUCUGAAUUAUAAGAAGGGCUAUAGUUUAGGUAUAAAUGAAGAGAUAAAAGAUUACCUGAAGACUAAAACUCAAAGGAUAAAAAAAGAAAAAGUCAAACACAAAUUGAAGCCCUAA